UGUUUGCUUUCAUGCUGUAAACAACGAGGGCUGUUUAAUUUUUACAGCAAUUUGGGGAGGUGUAUGUUUGUGUUGAUUGAACAUAAUUUUGGUGCUUAUUUAUGUGAUUGUAAAUGAAAAUGGUGUUGAGAACAUUGGUCUGUGAUACUAUGCGCAAUGCUAUAAGAAGCCCUUCAUCUCGGUUCAUGUCAGCUGCAUCUGCGGAGCCUGUACCACACAUCAACAAGAAUGAGAGCACACAAACUUUCCGUACUACUGAAAAUGAUCCUGUUCAUCACACUAUAUCACAGGAAGCCAAGUAUUACACAGUAUCUCCUGAGGUGCAAAAACAGCUAUUUACUUUUGGAGGAUUACCUACAAUAUUUAAGAAGCAAGUGAAGACUUUUGCAGAAACUUGUGUGAUGGUGCGAAGACCUGCUUUGGAGGUUUUUGAGUAUCUCAGAUCUGCUGAUUACUCAAAGCCGGCUAUCAGAUAUGUGCUUUUUGGCCGUGCAGGCAGUGGGAAGACCUUGACUUUGGCCCAUGUUCUGCAUUACGGUCUUUCUUCUGAGUGGCUGCUUUUUCAUGCACCAAAAGUUCGAAACUGGUUGAACAUGCCCAAAGAAGUUGCCAAUUCACAGACAAAGGAGGGUUGUGUGGAUCUACCAAUAGAUGCUGCAGAGUGGUUGGCUCAUUUCAAAAUGCAGAACAGUACUCUCUUAAACAGGCUUGAUCUCAGGGUAUCUAGGGAUCUUACGUGGAGUAAAAGAGAAUCAACAAGUAAAGAUGCACCCUUGAUGGAGUUGAUUGAACUGGGAAUUAACCGAGUAAAGUAUGCUUGUGACAUUGUCAGUGUAAUUGCAGAAGAAAUUAAAUUACACUCAACUGCUGGGAGGUGCAAGACUCUUGUUGUCAUUGAUGGCUUCAAUGCAUUCUUCUACCCCACAACUCGUGUCUUUUCAGAGACAAAGAAAGCUGUUCCUCCAUCAAAUAUAACUCUAACUGAAGCAUUGUUAAACAUCACAAAGUUUGACUGGUGCAAUGGUGCAAUAGUUCUCACUGUAGAUAAACUUCUCGCUUAUGGGGAGAGACGACAGAGUGAUUUACCAGUAAACCUGCUUGGGAAAGAGGGUUUUGAGCAUCUGGAUCCAUUUGUUCCAAUCCAUGUGCCUGAAUACAGUGAUAAGGAGAUCCAUAGCUGCCUAGACUAUUAUGCAGACAGACGAUGGAUACAAAAUGAAAGAGGACUAUCUGAAGAUGGGCGCAAGGAGUUGAUAUUUAUCAGUGCCUAUAAUCCAAGACGACUAAUGUUAGAGUGUGCCUCUUUAUAAUUUUCUGUUCUUUUUAAAAAGUAUUCAUGUAGUGAAAAGAGAGUUAUUAACCAUAUGCAGGAAACUCAUAGGUAUGAGAGCUAUGUGAAAUGUCGGUCAUUAAUUGAUUGUAAGGCUUUACUAUGUGUUGGUGAGUGAGAAUCAAUUCUCUGGUUUGUCAGCCAUCAGAAACUUAUCAGAGCGUGUAAAGGCAUAGAAACUGCCACACAGUUAAUGAAAAAUAGUAGUGAUUGUGGUGUACUUAAAAUAUGAAAAUGGAAUGAACAGUUGUGACACUGAAUAUAUUUAUUAUAGUGCAGUACAGUGAAAAAUAUUUAAAAUUUGUGUUCACUGAAAAUAACAUUAACUGAAUGUUUUUAAGUAAAGAUAAAAAAAUUGUUUGCUUUUUAA